AUGCACGAGAUCCAGACGGUAGCUAAAGAAUAUAUAAACGAUAAGGAAGUCAGCCGAGUCGUGGCUGCCAAUAAACGGCAGUCCGGCUACAGCCAAUCUCGGCAACCCGGUAACGGAGAAAGACUGAAAGAACAAACCAGGGAGGAGGCGCCAAACAAGGCUCCCAGGUCGUUCCCCCGGGUCUGGAAAUUCGCCAACUACACACCACUCACUCUUCCCAUCAUGGAAGUUUAUCAACAAAUAGCCGAGAAGGGGAUCCUGCCGAAGCCCCGACCACUCAAGGACCGUACGGGAGGGAACAAGAACCUCUAUUGCGACUACCACAAGGGUUACGGCCACCAAACGCAGGAUUGCUUUGACUUGAAAGAUGCACUGGAACAAGCGAUAAGGGAAGGCAAGCUAGCAGCAUUCUCCCAUCUUAUCAGAGAGCCGAGGAGACGCUAUCGCGACCAUGACGAAGAAGCCAAAACCCGAUCGGCAAAGCGGCGACAGGAGCCAGAAGAUAGAGACCACGGCCUCACUGUGAUAAAUGUGGUAACGGCCAAAAACACCGCGCCAAAAUCCCGAUCGGCGCACAAGAAAGAUGCUAAGGUCUUGGCGGUCUCCUCCUCGGUGCUGCGAAACUCUAAGAGGCCUCCGUCCAUUUCUUUCGGCCCAGAAGACAAAUGGUUCGACGACGCCCCGGAAAACCCUCCCAUGGUCAUUACGGCCAGAGUGGGAACCGGCCUCGUCAAGCGCAUCCUUGUCGACACAAGGGCUGAUUCAAACAUCAUGUUCCGCAACGUAUUUGACGCGCUGGGGCUAAGAGACGCCGAUCUGACGACCCACCAACACGGGGUCAUCGGAUUGUGGGCGACCACUUCAUUAAACCUGACGGAGUAA